AUGGCUGCUGAAAAUGCACCAAUGGAGCUCGACUCUCCAAGCACAAAGCAACCUCGUUUCCAGGUCAAGAAGUGGAACGCCGUCUGUCUGUGGUCAUGGGACAUUCAGGUUGAAGACUGUGCCAUCUGCAGAAACCACAUUAUGGAUCUUUGCAUCGAAUGCCAGGCCAACCAGGGCUCUGCUACUACGGAAGAAUGCACCGUCGCUUGGGGUCAAUGCAACCAUGCUUUCCACUUCCACUGCAUUUCACGAUGGCUCAAGACACGUCAGGUAUGCCCGCUCGACAACAGAGAUUGGGAACUGCAGAAGUACGGUCGUUGA